AUGAAGAACAUCAUGAAGAAUCCAGCUGCCUUUAUAUCAAGCUUUUUAAUCUUCCUAGUUCUUUUCUCAUGUUUAACAUCAACCGCAGCCGAAGAAGUUGAGAAUGAGAGAGAAUUUGAUUAUGCAGAAGGGAGCGAGAAGGGGCCACUUCAUUGGGGAGAAAUCCAUGAAGAAUGGGUACAUUGGAUAGGUGAUCAUGCAGGAUCAAUACAGAUCAACGGCACUGAUUACUUUCUCAAGCAAGGCCACUGGCACUCCCCUUCUGAGCAUUCCAUCAAUGGCAGGAGGUAUGACUUGGAGCUGCAUAUGGUACACGAAACCUUGAACCCAGGUGUAAAAAACAUUGCUGUGGUUGGACUCCUCUACAAGAUUGGCCCGCCCGAUUCUUUCCUCUCAAAGUUGAUGAGAAACGUACAUUCCAUGAUUGAUAAAGAGGAUCAUAGGAAGAUGGGGAUGAUUGAUCCUGCAGAAAUCAAGAUGGGUGGCAAGACGUACUACAGAUACAUUGGCUCACUCACUAUUCCUCCAUGCACUGAAGGCGUUAUUUGGACUAUCAAUAAAAAGAUAAGCACAGUCUCAAGAGAGCAAGUGAAGUUACUUAGAGAGGCGGUCCAUGACUAUGCUGAGAGGAAUGCAAGACCAUUUCAACAACUCAAUCAUCGUGAGAUCCAGCUCUUUGGCCCAAAACCAUAG